AUGGUCCAGGUGAGGGACACAAUAUGGGGAGUGCUGAAUGAGACUGAAGACCAUAUUGUGCCUUAUCCCAAGGAAAGCGAGUGCGACUCCCCCUCCGCGCUCACUGAAUACUCCAAGAAGCAGAGGCAUGAGCAAACCAGCGCCAAUUUAAUCAUCUCGGACCAGGGGAAGUCCGACUCCAAGAAUGACUUCCCAGGCUCCUCCGGCCUUGAAGGGAACUCUGACUUCGAUACACAUGAAGAACUUUCUGCUUCAAGAUUUGACAUGGAUUCAUGGCCCGACCUGCCCUCUCUGAAUACAGCAUUCAGCAAGGGAUUCAUCGAGAGAAAUCAUCUGCACCCCAUGUCUUCAAAGUUCAUCAGCGAGUGCACCGGGUCAACCCCCAUGGUGACGGCGCCAGAGAAUAUUGUCACCGAGCUCUAUGACGCCGACACUGCCAUUGCUGAAAGCAAGGACGCUUCUCUCAAGGACCCGUGCAGCUUGCCGGUUGGCAGUGACCGGGACAUGUUCAUCAACGGCCAUGAACACAAGGAAAGUGACAGCUUUCUUGACUGCGACUGGGGUAACAUUGCAGACUUUGAUGAUUUUGAUAGAAUCUUCAGGUAACACAUGCGCUGGUUCGACAUUAUGUUGCCUUAUUUUGAUGGUCUGUUUCCCUGUUCUCUUACCUCGCCAGAGAUUUCUGUGGUAUAAAUGUGACGCCUCUCCCCCUAUGGUUUCUCCCUGACAUAUUAUCCUCACAAGUGACAUUUUGCAGAAAUGAUGAUUCCCUUUUCGGCCAUGAGAUGAUCAGUCAUGCAGAUGAAAUCCUCUCGCCCUCUGCCGACGGAGAUAAUUCAGUCACACCCUCUUUCGCUAUCUCUGUGAGUUUUCCAAUUCACAUCCAGAUUAAGAAACCCAGUUCAUGUCAUAUUCUUGGGAGAUGUAACAGAGGGACCGUCCCUGUGCCUCCAGGAUAUGCGAGGGAGGAAGAACAGUAGCAGUGAGAGGGAAUCCUCAAUGAGCCAGGCGGAUGAACAGCCUGCAACAGGAGGAGCACCAAAAUCCUUGGAGGAUGAUGAUGUAAUGCUGUCCAUUGGUUGAAAGAAUAGUUCUUGUAGUCUUCCCCUCUCGAUGAUUAACUACCAUGGUUUCAGCAGGUGGGAGAGAAUAAUGUCGCCCCCGGUGAGCAGGCCAUGGGCCCAUCGCAGCUCAUCAUCGAUAACUGCUCUCUCUCUACCGACAAGGUACUUUCUCUCUCUACCCAUCUUCUCCCCUGCGUUUCUCCCGUCACCUGGGAAGUGAGGAUCAUGACGGGUACUGAGAACUGCAAUCAUGGUUGAUCUUCCUGUGUGUUUCUCUCUCUGGCGAUAGCAGACGGAUAGGCUGAAGAAGUCAUCAAAGUCUCGGAGGAAGACGGAGGAGAAGACCAGAAUGGGCUCCCCGCAGAAGCUGAGCGGCACUCAGCAAUUCGAAGGUGUAAAAAUGGCGGGGUCGUUUAAAUCUCCGUCACAGUCCAUCUUCCAUGGGGAAGACGAUGGCUCGGGCUACACCGGGAUCUUCCCCGCCGCCGGCAAGUUCUUCCGUCCAUCCUUCGAGUACCCCAUCCACGCCUUCCCCACAGUGCCGGUACUAUCGGCGGCGCCCCCGGCAAGGAAGCAGAGCCAGCCCGCCGGCGAGAGCCCUAGGGCUUACCAGGCCUCCUCGAAGCUGGCGAUGACGCCGCAGGAGAAGAUCGAGAAGCUGAGGAGGCGGCAGCAGAUGCAGGCGAUGCUCGCCAUCCAGCAGCAGCAGCAGCAGCUCGAGCAGAAGAGCACCUCGACGGAGAUGUCCGCCACUCAGAUCAGCUCUCAGCAGAAUCAGAGCCUCGCCGCCGCCGAUGAGGCCGCGAAAUUGAUCUCUUCCUCGGAGCUCAGCCUCCCAACGGAAGGGGAGGAGCUGCAGAAUUCCGUCCUCAUCGAUGACUCCCUCGGGGAGACGAUUUUCUACCAGCUUCGAGACGCCAUCGGGAAGGUGAUACCUCCUUUGCUUUCCUCUCCUCUCCUCUCCUCUCCCGCAGAUUGAUUGUUUCUCGUACAGGAUCGAUCAAGAUCGACUCUUCUUCUUCUUCUUCUUCUUCUUCCUCAGCUGGACGUCGGAGUGAGAUUAUGCAUACGGGAUAGCUUGUUCCGAUUGGCGAAGAGCGCGGUGGAGAGGCACAACGCCGGCGACAGGAGCAGCACCAACAAGAGCAGCAGAGACGAGGAGGAAGAAGGUCCGAUCAGUGAAGUACCAGGCAGUCGCAAGAGGUCGACAACGAAGAAGCUCCCCCCCACAGAGACCGGCACAAACCCUAUCGACCGCAUCGUCGCCCACCUCCUCUUCCACUGGCCCUCGCCGGAGCCGGGUGCCAGGCUGCCGGUCAAGGACGAGGCGCCGCCGUCGCCAUCGCCGAGCUUCCCCGGUGAGCAGCGACCUUCUUCUUCUUCUACUGUGUACCAGUAGACCUCUCGCUAAAUUGGGCUCGCCCCUCCAUGAUUGGAUGGAUUCCAGGUUCAAAGAUGCAGCCCAACCCCCCAAGUGAAGAAAUCUCAAACGACAAACCAGAGAGAGAAGAUCAGCCGGAGACGCUAGAGAGAGGCGCCUAAAGGUCUCCUUUGCCUUAUAUAACAUCUUCUCUCUCUCUCUCUCUCUCUCUCUCUUUCUUUCUCUCUUUCUUUUCUCUAUAGACCCGUGAAAACGGGUUGCUGUUGAUGAGUUUGUUUUCCUUCUCAGCGUCUGCCAUUGUGGAUAUCUGAAGCGGAGGAGCUCUCCCCCCUUCUCUCUCUCUCUCUUCCACGUCCUUUCUCUUGGAGCAGCAACUGCGGCGGCCAAAAUUUGUGUCUUUCUUAUGUUGUUCAGUAAAAAAGUCUGCCUUUUGUGUGACGACGGGCUUACUACUUACUACUCGAAAGACCCCUCAACCACACACACACACACUCACUCUCUCUCCCUCUCUCUCUCUCUAUCUCUAAUUAUCUGGCUUGGAGGCUCUCUGUUAAAUGAUAUCUUCUCUGUGUUCUGCGUUUUGACUGCUGCAGCCAGGGUGUUCUUGCCGAGCUCCGCUCGCCAACGGGCCGCCGCGGCAGCGUCGUCCUGGUAA